AAGCACGUCAAAAAUGUCGAACGCGUCAAAAGUGUCAAAAGUAUGCUCGAAUUUCAAGACGUCAAAACCGAUACGAUCGAAAACGUGCGCGUUUUCAUACGAGUAAGACCGCUCAGAGACGAAGAAAAGACCGUCAUCAACAAAGAAGUCAUCCAAACCGAUUCGAACGUCAUCAAUCUAACCAAACAAGGCGUCGUGAAAUCCUUCAAAUUCACCAAAAUCUUCGACUCCGACAGCAGCCAAAUCGAGCUCUACAGCCACGUGGCCGUCCCCAUCGUCGAACGCGUCCUCCAAGGCUACAAUGGCACCGUCUUCGCCUACGGCCAAUCGGGCACCGGGAAAACCUACACGAUGAUCGGCGACGUCGGCGACGCCGACCGCCAGGGCAUCAUACCCAACAUCUUCUCGCACAUCUUCGCCCAGAUCACGCUCGCCGACCAGGACAACUCCUACGCGGUGACCGUCACCUACCUGGAGAUCUACAACGAGGAGAUCCGCGACCUGCUGUCGGACGCGCCCGACAAGAAGCUCACGUUGCGCGAGAAGCCCGGCCUCGGCGUCUACAUCACCGAGCUGCUCGGCUUCGCCGUCGACUCCUUGGAGGCGGUCACCGAGAUCCUCGUCAAAGGGAACAAGCGGCGCACCACCAGCUCCACCAAGCUGAACGACGUCAGCUCGCGCUCGCACGCCAUCUUCACCGUUUCGGUGGAGACCAAGAACAAGCUGACCAACAAGACCACCUUCGGGAAAUUGAACCUGGUGGAUUUGGCGGGCUCCGAACGGGCCAGCAAAUCCCAAGCCACCGGCGAUCGACUACGCGAAGCCGGCAAAAUCAACCUAUCUCUAUCGGUACUCGGUAACGUCAUAUCAGCUCUGGUGGACGGCAAAGCCACGCACAUCCCCUACAGAAACUCCAAACUAACCAGACUACUCCAAGACUCCCUCGGCGGCAACUCCCUCACAGCUCUAAUAGCGACCAUCAGUCCGAGGUACCACGAUUACGAGGAGAGCGUCUACACGUUGAUGUACGCGGAUCGCGUGAAGCACAUCCAGAACCACGUGAAGCUCAACGUGGAAAACAACAGCAUCAUCGAGAACUUCGAAUCGAAGAUCGACGAGCUGAAGCGCCAGCUGCGGCUGCUCGAGCUGCGCGAGCAGCGCGAACAGCGCCGCGCCAAGAAGAAGAACAAAUCGAACUCGCAGCGCGAAGAUCUCGACAACAUCGAAAAGGAGAAGAGCCUGCUCGAGAGCAAGAUCGGUAUGAUCCAGAAGAAGAUCCUCGUCGGCGGCGAGAAUUUGGUGGAGAAGGCCCAGCAGCAGUUGGACCUGCUGGAGGACGCGGCCAAGGAGCUGCGCCACCUGGACAGCUCGCACGUGCUGCUCGAGGAGAUCCUCUUCUACAAGGAGAAGGAGAAGACCAUCGUGAAGAAGGAGUUCGCCGAUCUGCAGGAGGAGGACAAGGAGCUCGAUUUGAAGAUCGACGAGACGGCGAAGCUGAUCAAGAAGGCCACCGAGAUACUGAUCGGCAAGGAGGGCGAGUACCAGAACGAGAUCUGCGCGCUGCUGCAGGACAACAAGAACCUCGCCAAGGAGCUGUCGCUGGUGCAGUUCGUCAUCGAGCACAGCAUCCCCGGCGAGUACCUGAGGGACCUGCUGUCGGUCAUUGUGUUCAAUGAUGAUACGCAGGAGUGGCAGAUCAAAGGCGUCGCCUACUGCGGCAACAAUUUGAGGAAGGUCAAGAGCAGACAGGCCAACGAGAAGGUCAAGCCUCACACGGUCUAUUUUCAGUACCAGAAGAAGUGA